AAAAGAAAGGAAAUUAGGAUAAGGAUCAAGGCUGAUGUUUCUCUCCUCAUCCACGUGUUUUGCUCUUCCUCAUCUUCUUCUCCUUCUCGACUCUUCCUCCCGACAGCCCCCUCCAAGCCCUCUAGCCACCAACUCUUUUCUUUGAGAAAAUUGGUGACCAAACUUGGGAUUUUCUCCUUCUUUUCUUGAUAAGUAACGAGAUUUGGGGCUUAGAAUUCUCUCUCUCAACCCAGAAAUCCCGGAUCUGCUCUGUUCUUCUCCCUUGUCCGUCGGGUUCUGCUGGGUUUGAAUCCUUCGGCUUUUUCUGGUAAGAAGCAGCCAUGAAAUUCAUCCUCUUUAGCUUUGAUUUGGCUUGGGUUACUCUAAUUUCUGUUUGGUUCUUGAAUUUGGGUUAAUUCCGUGAGCUUCCCCUGCACUUGCCGUCGGCUUCCUCACCAGCCAAGCUCGGGUUCUGCUGGCUGGAAUUCUGGUAAGUUUCCGGCUUUUCCAAGCUUAAAAUUACCCAUUUAAUUGUUGGGUUUUGUCCAUUAAGUGUUGCCCUGUGCUUGCCCGAAUUUUUGCUAAAAUGGGGGAGGAAUUCCGGUAGUAUUUUAAAUGUGUUUUAAGCUUGAUUAAGUAGAAUUUAGCUUGAAUUAGCUGUUGUGAUGUUUGUGUGAAAAUCCUGUGUGUGUAAGUGUGGUUUGCCAAAGCCAUGCUCUCCUGCCCGUGAGAUUGGGGAAAUUUUGGUAGCUUUAAGCUAUGUUUUAAGUGUGGUUAAGUAAGAAAUUAGCUUGAAUUGGGUUGUUGUGAUUUUGGAGAAAAAUCCUGUGAGAUUAGUUAUUGUUUUGCCAAUUUUGGGAGUUGAAGUUACUGCUCAUGAGGUACUGUUCAUAGGU